UUGACCUGGGACGUCCAUUUUGUUUGACGGCUGGUAUGCGGACGUUUGACGCCUAGAUCCAAAUGCAGUGUCGCAGAAUACAGAAAAUGCAGUGGCAUUUAGGAACAAAUUUCGUAGUUCACUCUUGAUGUAACAAUACCAAGUCAUGGUCUGGAUAGACUUUCUGCUCACUGUUACAAACACACAUGCACACACACAUUCCUGACAUGUUUCAGGAAUGUUGAUAAUGGGUGGGAUGUUGAGGAAUUUACCAAAGGUGAACGUAGCGGAAGACAUCGACCCAAACUGGUCAACAUGUAUUCGUUCUGCAGCUCUCGUGGUCAUUCUCCUAAGGGCAGGUUUAGGACUGGAUCCCUCUUCUCUCCGGAAGUUGUCAUUCGUCGUUCUCCGCCUGGCGUUUACUCCCUGCAUUGUAGAGGGCGCUGCCAUCGCAGUCGCCGCCUAUUUGAUAUUAGGAUUUCCAUGGGCAUGGGGUGCUCUACAAGGACUGGUGAUAGGUGCCGUUACUCCUGCGGUUGUCGUCCCCUGCAUUCUCUCCCUAUCAGACAGGGGGUACGGGGUACACAAGGGUAUCCCCACCCUAGUCAUAGCAGCUUCCAGCAUCGACGACGUCCUGGCCAUCACUGGAUUCAGCCUCACCCUGGGGUUUGUCUUCGGAAGGAGCGAUAAUCUUGCGGACACUAUAACCAAAGGACCUAGGGAAGUUCUGCUGGGUAUGUUGCUUGGUAUAGUUUACGGACUCUUAUUGUGGUACCUGCCGCCCAGGAAAACUAGAAACAAACGGUGGUUCAGAUUCGGAUUGCUUUUCAUUGGGGGUCUCGUAUUCAUGUUUGGUGGUGAGAAGGCCGAUUUUCCAUCGGCUGGACCCAUAGGUUGUCUCACCUUAGCGUUUGUAGCGGCCUACAGGUGGCGCAUCGACAACAUCGAAGAAGCGGAAGACAUGGACGAGUUGAUGGAAAAGGUGUGGAAUAUUGCCGAACCGUUCAUGUUUGGGCUUAUUGGAGCAGAAAUUGACGUCAGCACCCUCGAUCCACCCACUGUGGGUCUUGGCGUUGCCGUUCUAGGCAUUGGACUAGUGUUCCGAAUGCUCACCUCAUUCCUUGCUGUAUCCGGGACGGAUCUAACGAUGAAGGAAAGACUGUUUAUUGUUUUCGCUUGGCUCCCUAAAGCUACUGUACAGGCGGCUAUUGGCCCUGUGGCUUAUGACACAGCUGUCAGAUCUGAGGGCACGUACCAAGAGAAGCAAAUGGGAUUACAGAUAUUAACCCUGGCUGUGAUGUCUAUCAUCUUGACUGCACCGAUAGGGGGCGCCCUCAUCUUGUUAACAGGACCUAAACUUUUGUCCAAAGAGCCGAUAGAAGACGUUUCCUCCAUGACCUAUGAGAAGAAAAAUAUGGCGGAAAAGUUGUGAAAUACAAGGAUACCAAAUGAAGAGCGUAUUCAUCGUUGUUGGAUUUCUUCAUCGCAGCUAAUUUGAGGAGACGGACCAAAAGACACCAAGGUUUAGUGACAGAAUUGAUUUUGUUAAAAAAACACUGUUAACGUACAAAUAAACGUAUAUAUGAAAAACUAUUAGCAGUUAAUUGCUCAUGAAUGUUUGAAUUUCACCAUAUCCUGACUUAUAUGGAAGGAAUAACCAGAUUUUCACUUGCAUGUCUGAAGGUUAAAUAACAUUGUCGGAUGAAUAGUUGCAAUGAUAGCCUUGCAACCUUAGACAGAUACUUUUGAG